UUUAAAUGAUUGCACCAGAAAAGACAAAGAACAAAGCGGAAGAAUGAUGUGUUGCUCGCGACCUCUGCUCUUCUCUCUGCUCUUUUGCUUCCGUGAGCUGGUUUUAGCUCAGGUAAAAUAUUCGACUCCAGAGGAAGUCAAAGUGGGAACUAUCAUUGGAAAUGUUGCCAAGGAUUUGGGUCUUGAAGUCAGUGCUUUGAUAAAUCGGCGUUUUCGUAUUGUGUCCGGGGCUCAGGACUCUCUGUUUGAGGUAAACCCAAACAAUGGGGUUUUGUUUGUUCAUAAGAAUCUCGACAGAGAACAGCUGUGUGAUAGAAAUGCUGCUUGUUUAAAAGAUCUGAAAAUCGUUGUUGAAAAUCCACUUGAGAUCCAUUAUGUCACGGUGGAAAUAACGGAUGCAAACGAUCAUGCACCGACUUUUGUGGAGAAAGGAAAGGUGAUAGAAAUAGCAGAAAACACUCUGCCAGGAGCUCGAUUUCAACUACCAGGCGCCCGUGAUCCAGAUGUGGGAGUAAAUUCUGUGCAGCGGUACAAGCUUAGUCAGAAUGAUCAUUUUAAUCUAGAAAUUCGAGACAGAGGAGAGGAUAAAAUCCCAUUUUUAGUGUUGCAGAGGCAGCUGGACCGAGAGCAGAAAACAAAUCAUAGCUUGAUUUUAACAGCGACAGAUGGAGGCACACCUCCAAAAUCAGCUCAUCUUAAUCUUACCAUAAAGGUUCUAGAUAACAACGAUAACAGACCUACUUUUUCUCAGGAGGUUUAUUCUGUAACAUUGCAAGAAAAUGUUGCUUUGGAUACUGUUGUUAUAAAAGUCCGAGCAACCGAUAUGGACGAAGGGACUAAUGGGGAAGUCGAGUAUGCCUUUGGAGGUGACAUUAACCCAAAAGUGCUUGAGUUAUUUAGUCUAGACGGAAACACUGGCGAAAUUCGAGUUAAGGGACACAUCGACUAUGAAACAGCCGAUGUUUUCAAGUUAGACGUUCAAGCCUCCGAUAGAGGUCAACCUCCGAUGACAACAGACUGUAGAGUUAUCAUAAAGAUUCAAGAUGUCAAUGACAAUACACCAGAAAUCGAAGUGACAUCAAUAUCAAACCAAGUCCCCGAGGAUUCAAAGCAAGGGACCGUAAUUUCUCUCAUUAGUGUAACAGACAGUGAUUCUGGACUGAAUGGUAAAGUCAAAUGCUCUCUGAAUGGUAAUGUCCCAUUCGAAUUGAAACCGUCAUUUAAAGAAAACAUGUAUUCACUGGUGACAAAGGAAAGACUGGACAGGGAAACUGUAUCACAUUAUGAAAUUUCAAUUACAGCUAUAGACUUUGGUGAGCCUCCACUUUCUGCAAUAAAAACACUAAAUGUAGAGGUGUCCGAUGUAAACGAUAACAGCCCAGAGUUCCCACAGAGCCCCCUUGAAUUAUAUCUGACAGAGAACAAUGCACCUGGCGAAUCAAUAUUCUCUGUGAGUGCUGUUGAUAAAGACUUGAAUGACAACGCUGCAGUUUCCUAUCAUAUUUCUCGAGAGGGAGGGAGUCAUGGUGACAUGGCAUCUUUUCUGAACAUUAACUCUGAAAAUGGACACAUCACUGCGCUGAAAAGUUUCGACUUUGAAACAGUGAAAACGUUCACGUUCACUGUUGUGGCCACAGAUUCUGGAACCCCAUCUCUGAGCAACAACGUCACAGUCAACGUCUUCAUUCUGGAUCAGAACGACAACGCUCCAGUCAUCCUCUAUCCACUCAGCUCCAACGGCUCUGCUGAAGGUGUGGAGGAGAUUCCACGCAAUGUCAACGCAGGACACUUGGUCACCAAAGUCAGAGCCUAUGACGCUGAUAUAGGAUAUAACGGCUGGUUGCUCUUCUCACUGCAACAAGUCACUGAGCACAGUCUCUUUGCUCUGGACCGAUACACAGGACAGAUCAGAACACUUCGCUCAUUCACAGAGACAGACGAGGCUGAGCAUAAACUCAUCAUACUGGUCAAAGACAAUGGCAACGUUUCCCUCUCUGCAACAGCUACUGUCAUUGUCAAAGUGGUGGAGCCCAAAGAGGCUUUCGCUGCGUCUGACGUCAAAAGUGCAACAAACGAUGAUGAGGACAAUAAUGUGACUUUUUAUCUCAUGAUCACUCUGGCCUCAGUGUCUGCACUCUUCAUCAUCAGCAUCAUCGUGCUGAUUGCAAUGCAGUGCUCCAAAUCCACUGACUAUACUUCCAAAUAUCUCCAAGAGACCAAUUAUGACGGGACACUGUGUCACAGCAUCCAGUACAGAUCUGGAGACAAACGCUACAUGUUGGUGGGACCCAGAAUGAGUAUAGGAUCUACUAUAGUCCCGGGCAGCCAUGCCAACACACUAGUGCUCCCUGACAGGAGGAGGGGCUCCACUGAGGUGUGGUUUCUGCCCAAAGAUUAA